UGGAAAUCUAAAGAUUUUUUAAUUCCAAAAAUAGUAAAUGAUUGGAUAAGCGAUAAUAUUUUAAAUAAACAAAAAAGAAAGCCAAGCUGUAAGUGUUCUGUUCUUGUCAUAAAAAAUGAAAAGGGAAAAUGGAGUCUUGUAGAAUCAUUAGUAAAUUGUAGGAUAAAGAUCGCACAUUUUCAUAAUGAAUUUCAACCACAUGUAUACAACUCCAAUGAAUGCUUCGUCUUAUGUUUAGAUAAUAUUUACGAUUUUACCACAACAAAUAAAAUAAAUGAAUGGGUAUUCAAUGGUAGAAAAUAUGCACAACUCCUUCUUGGAAAAGAUAGUAUAAUCAUCAAUCAAAG